CAGAGAGAAGUUGCGUUUCAAACCGUUCGCGUCAUCCGCUUAAGCCUGCAUUUGAAUCAUGAAGGGCCGUAAUUACGCCGCGAUUCUGCUCCUCGUUAUUGGGAUCCUCGAGGUUUAUUCGCACCCUCAAACUUUCAACGCACAAGAUGCUGAAGAGUUAGCUCGAUCACUUCAAACCGUGGGCGGUGAUGAGCUGACCGACGAAGCUUAUUUCUACGAUUUGAGUGACCGCGAGUCGUAUUCAUCAGCAGAUAAACAUGCCGACCGCGAGGACGGAAGAAGUAAAAGGUCUCCAGGGGCCUCGAAAAAGACUCCUGAAAAGUUGCAGGAACUGCGGCAGGAAUUAAAUCGCACGAACGCUGCACCUGUGGUAGCAAGGCGAACUAAUAGUCAACGCCGAGAGGACCGCGAUGUCGUAACGAGACGGUACAACGCUGCGGUGGCCGAUUUGAUGCAGCGAGAGCACAUGACCCGAGCUGCAGCGGUUCAAUAUCUUCUACAACACAAUAUGCAGCUGGUUAACGAUUACCUCAUAGCACAGGGAAUGUAA